AUGGCAUUUCACAAUUAUCACCGACGGCAGCCUACACACAUAACUACUCUACUGGAUGCUAGAUGGAGAGCACGGUAAGAUGAUAACAAUGUUUAGUUUAGGAUUAUAUUAGGAAUACUUAAAAGUUAACAUAGACAAGUUAACCUAGAUGAUAAGGACUUUUUUAGUCUUAGAAUGUAAAGAUUAUAUAAGUUUGUUAUUGGCAAGUGCAUUCAAUUUUAAAACUUAGGCUUGUUUUUGGCUCACGUUUAAACACAGUAAACUACUAUAAUAUUUAAGUGUAUUUUUUAAAGAUUAACGCUUAAGUCCUUAAUUUUAUAAAUGGCCUGAUGCGAAGAAAUUUAGCGACAGAUAUCUUUUUUGUCACCUUUUCGAACUUUUGUGCUUCUUUAAAUUUGUCUGGAAAAUUAAAAAAUCGUAAACGUUCGUUAUUAGGCCCCGACAUAAAGAACCCGCCAUUUUUUACAGGAAAUUACAGGAAAAGUAUGGCGGUUUCUUUAUGUCGACCCCCUAUUUCAUUAUUUAAUUUAAAUGUAAAAUACGAAUUACGUCUUUUAUUAAAACAUAUUUCAACUAUAUAACCUACAUCUCUAAAGUCGUUUUAGCUCAGUCUCGCCAAACCCAAUUACACAUCCGACUAGCCGAGAAGUACCAGACUUUUGGUCAAAUUCGCCGAUCGCAGCUCAAAAACGUGCUGAUUUCGCAGCCGCACGCGACAAAUAUCUAGCACAAGAAGCUACACGAUCUUCUAGUUCCACGGUGUCGUCCAGAAAGCCCAGCCGGCUGUCACCCGACACUGAGAACCACAGUGCAAAUGGAAAUCACUUGAAAGUUCCGUAAGCUUAGUUUAUUAUACUAAAAAUUCAGAAUUAGUUAUUCAUUUUUCAAAUUGAAAAAUUUUUUUUCUAAAAAUUUUUGAAUAUUUUAUGCAAAUUUUCCUUGUUACAAAACCCAUUUCCUCACGAAGAUGCCAAAAACACAGUUGCUGUCAUAGAUUGAACUUUCGACCAGUAGGUCUAAUCAAAAAUGUCUGUUUCCAGCGGGCGUGCCACCCAAACCACGGAUGUGGCGACAGCGACGGGCGAGCAGAACGUGAAUGCACCAUUGGUACCCCAGACCAACGCGUAUAAGCACGAUCCCAGCCAGCGGAUCUUUGUGGGUAGAUCGUUGCGUUUGGAAAAGAUGAAGUUCUUCGGAUUUGAUAUGGAUUACACGUUAGCUAGUAAGUUCUUAAUCUUAACUUGGGCGUUUUAACAUUUGUUUUCAGGCUUAGAAUUAAGCCUAUUUUUAAGCUUGACUUUAAACGUGGCUUAGAUUUUACCUUUAGGCUUAGUGUUAGACUUGGGCUUCGGCCUAUCUUCCACUGCGCUAUUGACACACAGCCGUUUUUAGACUAUAAAUCCCCUGCAUACGAAGGCAUGCUGUUCAGUCGUACUAUCAGUCGUAUGAUCGACAUUGGCUACCCCGAGCAGCUCCGUAGCUUGACCUACAACUCCAAUUUCCCGGUUCGUGGGUUAUGGUUCGAUAUGCAGUUUGGCAACCUGUUGAAAGUUGAUGGCUUUGGCAAUAUACUGGUCGGUGUUCAUGGUUUUCAUUUUAUGAAACCAUACGAAAUCGAGGAACAGUAUCCAAACAAGUUUCUGCAUCUGAACGACAGUCGUGUCAUCAUACUGAAUACAUUGUUCAACAUGCCCGAUACGUACUUGUUGGCUUCGUUGGUGGACUACUUUGAUACCAAUCCAGACUACAAGAUGUAGGUUUUGUAGUAGGUGCAGGCAUAAAGUACCCGCCGUACUUUGCUUGUACUUUCCUGUAAAUAAUGGCGGGUGCUUUAUGUCGGCACCUAAUAAUACUACUUUUAAAAAUUUUUAAAGAUAAUUUUUUUAAUAUUUUUAAACAUUUUUAUUUAAAAAAAUCUUUUUCAGUCUCCAAGAUCGCACAGGAGUACGAAAGAAUGAUGUUAUCAUGUCGUACAAGUCGUUUGCCAAAGAUUUGACUGAUGCCGUUCACUGGGUGCACACUGAAGGUUCGAUGAAACAACACGUGUUGCAGAACAUUGACCAAUAUGUGGUAAAAGAUGAACGAAUCAAGCAAUUGUUGCCGCAACUGCGUCGCCAUGGACAGACUUUCUUGUUGACUAACAGUGAAUACAGCUAUACUAAUGUAAGCAAAAUUAAUGACUUUUGUGGUAAAACAUUUGUGUGGCAAUUCAAAUAUUUAUCAUGCCAUAUAUCUAGUUUUACCCUACCCUACUCCAACAUGUCCUACUCUAAUAUAACAAUACUUUUAUAUUUUAGGGAGUGAUGACAUAUCUGCUAGGCUCAAACUGGACCGAAUUUUUCGAUAUUUCAGUGGUCGAUGCCAAAAAACCUCAUUGGUUCGCAGAGGGUACUGUAUUUCGACAAGUCGAUACUUCAACUGGCGUACUCAAACUCGGAAUGCAUACAGGACCAUUGAAAAGAGGCCAAGUGUACGCUGGCGGAUCGUGCGAUGCCUUCAGACGAAUGCUCAAAGCCAGAGGAAAAGACGUACUGUACAUUGGAGAUCACAUCUUUGGUGAUGUGUUAAGGUCAAAAAAGAAUCGAGGUAUGUUUUGCAUUGAUUUUUUUUUAUUUUGCAAUUUUUUUAACUUUCUGAGAAUUUUUAAACCAAAAAAAACUUCAGGGUGGCGAACAUUCUUAAUUGUACCUGAGAUUGAACAUGAGCUGACUAUCUGGACGGAACGCCAUGGUCUGUUUGAACGUUUGGCCCAACUCGAUGUGCAACUGGCCAAAUUGUACAAGAAUAUGGACGCAACUUCGGCAAAUUUGGCUCAUAAUGAAAUCGGAGAGGCUGUUAAGGCUAUCAGAGUAGGUUUUGCCCUACUAUACCACAUUCCACUUUUAAUCUACCUUAGACUACCAUAGCAUACCCUUAGCCACUCUAUAAAACCACUUUCAGAAUCUGACUCACGAAAUGGACCAAGCCUACGGUGUUUUGGGCCCGUUGUUCAGAUCAGGAUCAAGAACUACGUUCUUUGCCACUCAAGUGGAACGUUAUGCUGACUUGUACGCGGCUAGCCCGUACAACUUGAUCUACUACCCAGCAUUCUACUUUUUCCGCGCCCCUAUGAUGCUUAUGCCGCAUGAAAGUACUGUUGACCAUUUGGCAAAGAUGAACAAACCGGCUGGAGACAAGGGUAAGUUUAGGCAUCAUAAUGAAGUUUUUUUUAAUUAAAUUUUUUUAAUAUUCGAUUUGCAGUUGGACGCCAACCAUCCAAGUCCAUGGCCAGCUUUUGUCACGAGGACAUUGACGAUGAGCCGUUGUCAGAAGAGGACGCUUUCCAUGACACCUCAAGCUCCGAGCUGGACAAGGAAAUCUCACUGAAGAAUUACGUUAAAAAGUCGUCGUUGGAAAAGUGA